AUGGCAGUUUCGAAAGCUACUUGUUCUGCCGCUCAACUAAAAGUAGUUGUGGUCUUCAAAGUUGUUAUAAUCCUCCGACUCCUCCUCUUCGAGGGAAGAACGUUCAAAUCUCUUCAAAAAGAUGGGAUUGAAGAAAGAAAAGUUGUGGCCCUAUUAACGUUCCUAUAUGUAGGUCGUCAACGACAUAAUGACUCGCCAUUGAGGAUACAUAGAGUUGAUGGUGUUCACAGAAUCAUUGUAACUGGUGGAUCUCUUCAGGAAUCAAGGGAAGCUCUUGCCAUUGCUGAAACAGAUGGAAGACUUUUCUGUACAGUUGGUGUGCAUCCAACACGUUGCAAGGAAUUUGAGGAGAGUGGAGAUCCAGAAAAUCAUUUUCAAGCUCUUUUGUCAUUGGCUAAAGAGGGAAUUCAGAAAGGAAAGGUGGUUGCAGUUGGAGAAUGUGGAUUAGACUAUGACCGACUUCAUUUUUGCCCGGCAGAGAUUCAAAAGAAGUAUUUCGAGAAGCAGUUUGAAUUGGCAUACAUCACAAAAUUGCCUAUGUUUUUGCACAUGCGAGCAGCAGCUGAAGAUUUCUGUGAAAUAGUUGAGAAAAAUAAAGACAGGUUCUCUGGUGGUGUCACCCAUUCAUUUACUGGUACUACGGAUGAGUGCGUUAAGCUUCUCUCAUUUGAUAAAAUGCAUAAAUGGGUGCUCUCUGAAGGCAAAUGAGAACCUUGAUGUUGUCAAGG